UUGUACUCUUCCUCUCGACUUCUCGAAGAUUUCCGCGUAUCGAGUUGAGUUCAACAUCAGUGCGUACCAUCCUAAACGUUCUCUAUUUGCAUAAACAAUCGGAGUGUUUAAAAAAUUAAUGAUUAUAUUCGGCUCAAAUUUGUGAGCUGCUUACGAAAAGAAGACUUCAAUCAAAAUUUCUUAUUUUUCCUCAUUUUUUUUUUCAUUGCUCUUCGUCUUAAUUUUUCUUUCUCUUUCGAUACACACGAGUGCGAAAAUAUCAGAUAGCGCAACGAAGUUCCAACAUCGAUGUAUCGAUACUAAAGACUCCCGGGGGCGAGGUUUUGAGACAAUAGUUUCUGAGUGAGGUUACAUGGACUCAUUGAAAUGUCGUGGUUCCUCGAACGACGGACUUACGAUUAGCUCAGGGAGGCAACAUCCGUGAGCAACGACAUCACAAUGCGCAUGUUGCUGCCACUGAGGUUGGUUUUCGUCGCAGCAGGUUUGCUGCUGGCAACUACCAAAGCAAAUAUGCAUUUGCACUUGCAUUCCGACACUACCAAUCAUCUUGUUAUUGGUGAACGAGAGCAAGCAAUUGCUGGAAUUGAAGCUAGCCUUCUUUCCCUUCUUGGUUUUGCCAAACGACCAAAACCUCAAGGUCCAGCUUACGUUCCAGAAUCAUUGAAAAAGCUUUACGUCAAACAGAAUACCAUUGGAAUGGCUGAUAUUGCUAAACCAGGAAUCCAUGCUAGAUCUGCUAAUACAGUUCGCUCUUUUUCACACAUUGAAAGUGAGCUGGAUCAUAAAUUUCAAUCUCCAAACCGUUUCCGCCUGUCCUUUGACUUAAGUAGCAUACCAUCAGGAGAGAAAUUACAAGCUGCAGAGUUAAGUCUUUCUCGUAUACCUAUCUUAAACGAAGAUUCUGAUCGGAAACUGAGUAGAAUACUCGUAUACGACAUUCUACGUCCUGGUAUGAAAGGGCAUAGCACUGCACUUCUACGUUUAAUCGACAGUAAACCGAUAGACAUUAAAAAGAACGAUACAGUCAGUCUAGAUGUUCAUCCUGCUGUGGAAAGAUGGAUAAAAGAUCCUAAGAAUAAUCAUGGACUGUUAGUACAUGUACGUGGAAUGAAACAGGAACAUGUACGUUUAAAAAGAAGCGCAGAUGAAAGAAACGAUACAUGGGUCGUUAGUCGUCCAAUGUUAUUUACCUACACAGAUGAUGGCAGGUACAAGAUGUCUUCUGCAAGCCAAAUAAUGAAUCGUCGUGCUAGAAGAGCGGCUCUUCGAAAAAAUCGCAGAAAAGACGGUCGGGAGAACUGCAGGCGACAUCCACUUUACGUUGACUUUGCGGAUGUUGGUUGGAAUGACUGGAUCGUUGCUCCUCCUGGUUACGAUGCUUUUUAUUGUCACGGUGAUUGUCCUUUUCCAUUGGCAGAUCAUUUGAAUUCUACUAAUCAUGCGAUUGUUCAAAACUUGGUUUAUUCGACGAAACCAAGCAUGGUGCCAAAAGCUUGCUGUGUACCUACCGCUCUCAGUUCAAUAUCUAUGCUAUAUCUCGACGAAGAAAACAAAGUGGUCUUAAAAAAUUAUCAGGACAUGGCUGUUCUUGGAUGUGGGUGCCGCUGACUAUUUGCUAACCAAUUUAGUAGACUAUUUUAACAGUGAAGAAUACAUAUAUGUGCAAUAAAAACGAGAAUAGUUUAAAAAAGGCAUGAAAUAUUAAGAAUGAUUUAAAAUCUUGUUCAGUCGAAUGGAAGGUAACCUACUUUUGGAGGUUGUACAUUGAGAUUUUUUAUUAAUUGAUUGUAUUCAAAUAGCCUAAACUGUCGUCCAAUUUAUCCUUUAUUCGUAAAAUAAAGGAAGAUAUGAAAAAUUUAUACUUUUAUACAUAAGGAUUUUAAUACAUGAGAUUUUGAUCCUUGUUUGUACUUGUGCCUUACUUUGUAACAUUUUACAGUCGAAGAGAGAAAAAUAUAUUUUCAAACGAGGAUUUAAAUCGAGAUAAAUAUACUCCAAAAAAUUUUAAGUAUCCUCCUCUCAUUGAAAAAAGAAAAAUACUUUUGGAACAAUUGUACUGAUUACAGUACGAAAUCUGUAAAAUAGAUAGAAAUAAACAGGGACCAAUGUAAAUAGUAUGUCUGUAUAGUGAAUUAGUAUGCAUAGUAUUCUAUUCGAUGUUUUUAUUAAUAUUUCUAUGUUCUUCGAAUGUACACAGAUAUUGCGAAUGUAAAUAGUAAACAACUUUUAAUAAAUAUAUAUAUAUGUUAAAUUA